AUGAUUGGCCCAGGCACCGGCAUGCUUGGAGAGGAUGGCAUCCAUGUCGACAUGAACCACCUCAAGUCGGGAGAAGUCAACCUUGGUACAUCUAUCAUGGCCAUCAAUUUCAAAGACGGGGUGAUUCUUGGAGCAGACAGUCGGACAACGACAGGAGCAUACAUCGCGAACCGAGUCACAGACAAGCUCACCCAAGUACACGACACCAUCUGGUGCUGCCGGUCAGGGUCUGCAGCCGACACUCAAGCCGUUGCCGAUAUUGUUCAAUACCACCUCGGGAUCUAUGGCAUCAUGAACAACGAGUCCCCCACCACGCAGACUGCUGCUGCUCUGUUUCAGGAGUUGUGCUACGGGAACAAGGAUCAACUAAGUGCUGGCAUCAUUAUUGCAGGCUACGAUAAGCGAAACGGUGGACAAGUCUACUCAAUACCUCUAGGCGGAUCGUUGCACAAAGGACCAUAUGCCAUCGCAGGCUCAGGGUCGACAUACAUCUACGGAUACUGCGAUGCACACUGGAAAGAAGCUAUGACAGAAGAAGAAGGAAUACAAUUUGUCAAGGGAGCAUUAAGAGAAGCUAUCAAAUGGGACGGCAGCUCGGGCGGUGUCAUUCGAAUGGUGGUUUUGACGGCCAAGGGUGCUCAGCGACAUUUGUAUCUUCCAGACCAGGACUAUCGAGGACCAGGGAGAGACUGA